UUAGCGCUGGCUCUCGCCGGAGACGGGAGCGGCUCUUUCUCUCCGCCACAGCCCCGAGCGAGGCAGCCGAUCGGGUGGCGCCCGCGGCCCGGCCUAGCGCAGCGGACUCAGGUUUUGAGGUGCAUUCUCGUGUUGAUAGUGUGACGUCCCCAGCUUCUCCUGCUUUUGCUAAUAUACUGCUCUUGCCCAACUGCCAGCCACCAUGGAUAAGACCGAGUUGAUCCAGAAAGCCAAGCUGGCUGAGCAAGCUGAGCGCUACGAUGAUAUGGCCACCUGCAUGAAGGCAGUAACUGAGCAAGGUGCCGAGCUGUCCAAUGAGGAGCGCAACCUGCUCUCAGUGGCCUACAAGAACGUAGUGGGGGGCCGGCGCUCUGCCUGGAGGGUCAUCUCUAGCAUUGAGCAGAAGACAGACACCAGUGACAAGAAGAUGCAGCUUAUCAAGGACUAUCGGGAGAAGGUGGAGUCUGAGCUCAGGUCCAUCUGCACCACUGUGCUGGAGCUGUUGGACAAAUAUUUAAUAGCUAAUGCAACUAAUCCAGAGAGCAAGGUAUUCUACCUGAAGAUGAAGGGAGACUAUUUCCGAUACCUUGCUGAGGUUGCCUGUGGUGACGACAGAAAACAAACAAUAGAAAACUCACAGGGAGCUUAUCAGGAGGCAUUUGAUAUCAGCAAGAAGGAGAUGCAGCCAACACAUCCAAUUCGCUUGGGUCUAGCUCUUAACUUCUCUGUAUUUUAUUAUGAGAUUCUCAACAAUCCUGAGCUUGCCUGCACACUGGCAAAGACAGCAUUUGAUGAGGCUAUUGCAGAACUUGAUACACUGAAUGAAGACUCAUACAAAGACAGUACUCUCAUCAUGCAGUUGCUUAGAGACAACCUAACAUUAUGGACAUCAGACAGUGCAGGAGAAGAAUGUGAUGCUGCAGAAGGUGCAGAAAACUAAACUGCACGUGGGGCGUCAUUCUCCCUUUCCUUCUCAAGAAACCUUUUUACACGUCUCCAUUCCUUAUAGCUCCACUUGGAUUUCCUAUAGCAAAGAAAACCCAUCCAUGUGUAUGGAAAUCAAUUUAUAGUCUUUUCACACUGCAGCUUUGGGAAAACUCCAUUCCUUGAUUUGUGUUUGUCCUGGCCUUCCUGGUGUGCGGUUACUGCUGUAGAAAAGUAUUAAUAGCUUCAUUUCAUAUAAACAUAAGUAACUUCCAAACACUUAUGUAGCGGACUAAAGUGUAUCUGGUAUUUAAAAACAAAUCUGAACCAGUUCUUGCCAGUUGACUGUGUUUUGUAUUACAGUAAGAUAUGAAAAUGUAGUUAAUUGCAACUAAAGAGUGUUCCACAUAGCUUUUAAUUCUCCACAUUCCCUUCUUAUUCUGCAGGGUUUCCUUUCCAUAAUUGGCUUUCACAUGCUACUGUGUAUUCUUUUCAGUAGGAAUAUGGAAGUAUUGGGCCAGAUCAAGUUGAGCAUUUCUAGUUUGAAAAAUGACAAAUUGAGUUGCUUCCUGUAUCAUGUAAUACAGAAGCUUGCGUGUUCGAAAACGGGGGCUUCUCAUAAUCUUCAGUUGCUGCUGUUUAAGUUGAUAUCCCUUCCCAAUAAAAGUUCACUUACACUCCUGCCUUUGUAGUUCUGGUAUUCACUUUACUAUGUAUUAGAAGCAGCAUGUUACUGCCGGAGUACAGGCAGUGCUUUUUGGCAGACUAAAGUGCAUGUCAUUUCUUAAUACACUGGAAUGGGAAAACCAAUUGAAGUUCACAUGUCCAAGUAUAAAAUUUAGUACUUUUCCAUGCAGGUUUGUGCACAUGUGAGAAGGUGUCAAGUUUGUCCAGUGAUUGUUAUUUAGAGAGUUUGGACCACUAUUGUGUGUUGCUAAUCAUUGAUUGUAGUCCCAAAAAAGCCUUGUGAAAAUGUUAUGCCCUCUGUAACAGCAAAGUAACAUUAAAUAAAAUUACAUUUUAUAAACCA